AUGAAGCCCCAGGCAACCAUGCUUUGCUGUAUAGUGUUCUUUCUGGCUACAGAAUGUUUCCAGUAUAGAUCCAAGAGUCACAUAAAAGCUAGAGAUAAACUUCAAAACCCUGAAGGGAAACUCAAGACUGGAAGGAUACAAGAGAAAUGCCAUGGACCCUGCAUCUCUUCUUCCAACUGCAGUCAGCCUUGUGCUAAGCACUUUCAUGGAGAAAUAGGGUUUACAUGUAUUCAAAAAAAGUGGCAAAAAUCAACCGAAACAUGUACAAGUCUUUCUGUGGAAACACUCUUCAAGGACUCAACUGGAACAUCUCGCCUUUCUGUAGCAGCACCAUCCAUAUCCCUGCUUGACUUUCGAGCUCCGGAGCCCAUUAAGAGUGUCGCUCAAGGAAUUCGCAAGAACUGUCCCCUGGAUUAUGCCUGCAUAAUUGAUGCUGUGAAGUUGUCAGAAGCCACAUCUGGAAAUAUUGCAUUUAUUGUGGAAUUAUUAAAAAAUAUUUCUAUAGACUUGUCUGAUAAUGUUACCCAAGAGAAAAUGAAGAGCUAUAGUGAAGUUACCAACCACAUCCUUGACACAGCAGCCAUUUCAAAUUGGGCUUUCAUUCCCGACAAAAAUGCCAGCUCGGAUUUGUUGCAGUCAGUGAAUUUGUUUGCCAGGCAACUCCACAUCCAUAAUGAAUCUGAGAACAUUGUGAAUGAACUCUUCGUUCAGACAAAAGGGUUUCACAUCAACCACAAUGCCUCAGAGAAAAGCUUCAGUUUCUCCAUGAGCGUGAGCAAUGCAACAGAAGGUGUAUUAGGAAUGGCGGAGAUUCCCAGGCAAGAACUACGGAAACUGUGGCCAAACACAUACCAAGCCAUCAGCAUAGCUUUCCCAACCCUGGGGGCGAUUCUGAAAGAAGCCCACUUUCAAAACGUGAGCCUUUCCAGGCCAGUAAAUGGUCUGGUCUUAUCAAUGGUUUUGCCAGAAAGACUGAAAGAAAUCUUACUCACCUUUGAAAAGAUUAAUAAAUCCCGCGAUGCCAGGGCCCAGUGUGUUGGUUGGCACUCCAGGCAAAGGAGGUGGGAUGAGAAAGCGUGUGAAACGAAGUUGGAUACCAUGAACAAAGUGAAAUGCCGCUGUAACUACACCAAUGUAGUGAUGUCUUUUUCCAUUCUAAUGUCCCCUACAUCUAUGACGGACAAAGUCUUGGACUACAUCACCUGCAUUGGGCUCAGCAUCUCAAUCCUUAGUUUGGUUCUUUGCCUGCUCAUUGAAGCCACAGUGUGGUCUCGGGUGGUUGUGACAGAGAUAUCAUACAUGCGUCACGUGUGCAUCGUGAAUAUAGCCUUGUCACUCCUGAUGGCGAAUGUGUGGUUCAUCAUAGGCUCUAACUUUAACAUAAAGGCCCAGGACCACAGAUGGUGUGUUGCAGUGACGUUUUUCAGCCACUUUUUCUACCUCUCUCUGUUUUUCUGGAUGUUCUUCAAAGCACUGCUCAUUAUUUAUGGAAUAUUGGUCAUUUUCCAGAGGAUGAUGAAGUCCCGAAUGAUGGUCAUUGGCUUUGCCAUUGGCUAUGGGUGCCCAUUGGUCAUUGCUGUCACCACGGUUGCUAUGACAGAGCCAGAGAAAGGCUACGUGAGAUCUGAUGCUUGUUGGCUUAACUGGGACAAUACCAAAGCCCUUUUAGCAUUUGCCAUUCCAGCUUUGGUCAUUGUGGCUGUGAAUCUCAUUGUGGUUUUGGUCGUUGCUGUCAACACUCAGAGACCAUCAAUUGGCAGUUCCAAGUCUCAGGAUGUGGCCAUAAUUAUGAGGAUCAGCAAAAAUGUUGCCAUCCUCACCCCACUGCUGGGACUGACGUGGGGUUUCGGGUUAGCCACUCUCAUAGAAGGUACCUCCUUUACGUUCCAUGUAAUUUUUGCCCUGCUCAAUGCUUUCCAGGGUUUCUUCAUCUUGCUGUUUGGAACCAUUAUGGAUCACAAGAUAAGAGAUGCUCUGAAGAUGAAGAUGUCUUCGCUGAAGGGGAAAUCGAGGGCAGCAGAGAAUGCAUCAUUAAGCCCAACCAAUGGGUCUAAGUUAAUGAAUCGUUGA